CUCUUCACCAGUGUGCUGCUUGCUUAUCUCGUUCUGUCGUUCACUCGACGCGUUCUCCGCUACUCCUCGUCCUCCUGCCGAGGAAAAUUUUGCAGCGGGAGCUACUACUAGCUAGAGCUAGCAUGGGAGGUACAAGCGCCGCAGUCCCGAGCCACGGCCUCGCCUGCGCGCCCCCGGCAGCCGUCACUCUGAAUCCGCGGGCGCGGCGGCGGCGCGCUUCCUCGGGCAGCGGCGGCCACAGGAGCAGCCCCCAGCAGCCACUGAGGAGCGACCUGCUACCCCCGGCUACCGUCGCCUGCCGAGCUCGCUCUCAGUCUGCUUCCUCGUCUAAUGUGAACUUUGGGAGAGGGGAUGACGCGGACAAGUUGCUCGAGGAUUUGCUCAAACAGCAUGGCGAGGUGGUGUACAGCUCCGGUGGACCUCCGGAUCCCACCGUUGAGGCCGACGACGAUGCCGAGUGCUUGUCCUUUGCCGUCUCGUUGGCUAAAGCUGCAAGUGAGAUAAAGGCUACUGAUAUCCGUGUACUUUGUGUGAGGCGGCUUGUCUACUGGACUAGGUUCUUCAUCAUCCUCACUGCCUUCUCAAAUGCUCAGAUAGAUGCUAUCAGUUCCAAAAUGAGGGAUAUUGGUGAGAAGCAGUUUAGCAAAGUUGCAUCUGGUGAUACAAAACCGAAUUCUUGGACAUUACUGGAUUUUGGUGAUGUUGUGGUCCAUAUAUUCCUUCCGCAGCAGCGAGCAUUCUACAACCUGGAAGAGUUCUACGGCAACGCUACACCCAUCGAACUCCCUUUUGACACCCAACGGCAGUGAUCGUUGAUCGUUACAUCCGAGCCAGCGCUAGGAAGCAUCCCAGUGAAAAGUGAGAUUUUUUCGUGAAGCCAGCCAGAAGACAUUGUUACCGGCAUCUCACUAGUCAUCAGAUGUGGUGAGCUGCCCAGAGAAAAGAAACCUGCGGUGCGAGGUCGCAACUGACAAAACGCUUCCUACAACCGAAGCGGCGCGCUGCUCGCAGCCUCCGAUGCAGUGCUGAAACGGCAACUUGAUGCGAAAAUUCUAGGUUUCUGUUGUGUCAUGUCAUGCUCUGCAUACCCUGUGUGAACUAUCGAAUAAUGUUGGCAACCGCACCGCACCGCACUUGGCUUCCCAUGACCGGGAGGAUCAGUGUGUCGAUCCAGAAA